UACUAGUCCCAAUCCGGAAAGAUCUUUUUUUUUUUUUUUCUCAACCUGUGACAAUAACCCUCCUAAAAGUCGGGCAUUGUUCGCCUGAGAUCCAUGUUUCAGGGUCUCCCUCUACAGGUAUUUCGAGAAAUGACUCUACAUUGGUAACUAGAUUGAGGAAGGAUUGAGUGCACAAGAGUUGUCCUGUCUUUCACACCAUUUCUUCCUCCUUACAAGUGAUCCUCUUCUUGGCGUUUGGAGUUGCUCAACAAGUUUCCGCCCGUGACUGGCUCGUAUAAGGUGGUUUGUGUGACAUGGUUUCAGCUGCUUGCUGCGCCCAGCAUAGAUAUUGUAGGUAACUUCGUUGGCCUCAGGAAAAUGUCAGUAUUUUCCGGAUCUGCCAAUUACCUACCACAAUCUUGUCGUUCUUUUGAAUUUGGCAACAUGUCCGUCAAUCUCUCAGGCUGGGCUAUCCGCCGAAACGGAUCAUGCCUCCUCACGCAGGAAGUCGACUGCGGCAUGACGGUAGCGCCCUUCCACGCAUGUUGCCCGUCCUCAACUGAAUGUCCGACACAAUACAGCAUCGCGUGUUGCCAAUCCGGCAAUAACUGUACGGAGGCUAUUGUGGAGAGCCCCCGAUGCGCGAAUUCGUCAUGGAUCAUGUACGAUAACGAGGGUUACUUUUGUUGCGACCCGGGUUAUGUGGGAUACAACCUGAACUUCACCGAUGGAUGCUCCAGAUCUGAUACAAGCAUACCAGACGACGCUUUGCCGCUUGCCCAAGUCGAUCAAGGUAAUGCCUCUACAACAACGACUAGCGAAUCGACAUCAGCACCUGUUAUGGUCGUAGACGCUCCUCAUGGCAUCGAACCCGUUGCCCAAAUAGCUGGAGGCGUAGUAGGAGGUGUGGCGCUCAUCACAAUUAUACUAAUAGGCAUCUUCCUCUGGCGCCGGAAACGAAGUCGGUCUAGCAAAGACAACGCUGUUCAACUUGAAGAAUUGAGCGAUAAAGAUGCGAUGAUCCGCACGCCAGCUCAGCUAGGAACCGAUCCCUGUGCUGAAUUGUCUGGUAAAGGUUUACACGAGCUAUCUUGAAGACCGGAUGAUUCAAAGGACAGAACGGUGAACAUCUCAAGCUAAGAUCGUGGGAGGAGGGGGUGGCGUUGAUUGGAUUGCAUUAAUAGCGGAGAGAUAACCUGUAGGAGACGAAACCUCACAAAUCUUUGAUUUAGACGAAUUGUUUUCUUUGGCCUGUACGGCGUUAUUCAGAGCGUGGGUAUAAUUAACACAUGAAUAUAGAAUCUUAG